AUGACCAAAGUAUGGAGCGAUGUCACCGAGCAACCUAUCCUUGUCAUCAAGUCAGGCACAUGCCCCAAUGUUAUUGCCGAUUCGACACGCCGUCUUCAACAAUGCGUACAAGAACAACUCACUUGCCUUGACAACCGUGCAAGAGCCUUGGCAACCAGCGGCAACUUUGACUCAGCCUUGAAAGAUGCAACUAAGAUACAACAAUUGAUUCCUUCUUCGGCUUCUGGAUACUUGUGUGCUGGUCACGUGUAUUCACUUCAAGGACAUCAAAAGGCAGCGAUUGAUAUCUAUGAUCAGGGGCUGGCUGCUGUUCCAUUAUCCGAUCCCUCUCAUCAACAACUUGUCAAAACACGAUCGAUGGCUCAACAACGCGAUAACACAAGAAGCGAUUUCAUCAAAAAGCUCCCUUUGGAUAUCAUUAUGAAUAUUGCACCAAGGAUCUUGUCUGAGAAGAAGAUGACACCAAGCAACAUUCGAGAAUACGUUGACGUGUCCCAUGUAUGCUCAAUCAAUGACAACCUUGCGGAUGAUAAGGACUUGCUGCGUCUGAUUGCGCAUUAUUGUACAACCCUUACGCUUGAAAGCAAAGUUACUUCUUUACGUCAAUUCAUAUCUGAUGCGCGGUCGUUCCCUUUGUUACGGGGUUUGAGCAUUAUCGACUAUGAAGAUGAUGAAGAAGAUUAUGGCAGUUGCCACGUUUCCGACACCAUUGUAUCUUUUCAAUCUGCAGCAACGUUGACACACUUGACCAUCUCUGUUGACGAUCGUUGGAGCAUUCGCUUUGGCGAUAUCUUUAGCAUCUGCCCAAACCUUGUUGAUUUGAAGACGAGUUGGAUCGAUACAAACAUGUCAACUGCACCCAGACGCUGCCCCAAUAUGAAAUCAUUGGAAAGACUCGUAGUUUCGCCUUUUAACUAUGCGAGCGAUUUGAGGAUCAUCCAAAACAAUUGCCCAAACCUUAGAGUCAUUGGUACCCAAAAUCGUGUCGGUGAUUUACCAGCGACAAGCGAUCAUGACAAUACGCCUACUCCCGGUGUGCGUACGUUUCAUGUUCAGGAUAACGAGAAUCAUUGGCUGAAUGAGGAUCAUGGCUAUAUGGAUCACGUGAUGGAAUUCAUGCAACGAAACAGCGACACAUUGCAAGACGUCUCCUUUUACGCGUCGUUCCCGUUCAAUCAACGAUUUGAGGACGUUGCAGAUUUUGAUACUAGCAACCCGCCUCUAUUCAAUCGGAUGACAAGUUAUUCGCAAGAGAUAGACACAUUGCAGCAUGAAAUCAUGGCCAGCAUGGUUGCACAGCAAUCACCUCAUUUGAAAAAAUUUGAGCUUGUUUCUACUGGCAAUGAGGAAACCGAUGUGGGUGUAUUCUUUGAUGAACUGAUUGGCCGUUGCAAACUUGAAGAGGCCAUCGUCCGAUUGCCAUGUCGGGAUGAACUUGGAGACGCGGAGGGCAUCGAGCGCUUUAUUCAGUAUCAUAGCACCAUCGAUUCGCAAUUACAUACCACUGCCACGGCUCAAAGCGUUGGGAUUCGAUUGGCUCUGGUGCUAGAGGAAGACGAUUUAAGAAAUGGUGAUCGGGGUGAUGGGGAUGGUGAAAAAAUUUCACGCUUCAUUCAGAAACUCGGCUUGGGAUGUCCACAACUAGCGCAGCUAGAAAUAUCCAGCAGUGAAGAAAUAAUGCCUGAUAUCGUUUUUGUACAGCUGUCCAAGCUCAACAUCAAGUCGCUUACAUUGAUCAUACGAUUGAAUAGCAACACAAUAGCAAGCUUAUUGAACCUACUGGAAUGCCCACAGCUGCAAGAGCUACAUAUUCAUCCUCCCUGCAAUACAAAGGACCCAAUCAGCCAAUGCGUUAGAAGGAUGCUAAAGAGUAAAAUACCCAGCGUAACGUGGUAA